AUGACGAGACAAGCUAUCUCACGGAACGCAUCGAAAAGUACUCGACAAAGUAUUUCUGCCAAUAGUUCAAGAACGAAUUAUAUGCCAAUCAUAAGGCAAAAUAUUACUUUUUCGGCUACCCCUCAGGAUGUAAUUGCUCGACAGGAGAAUCGAUUCCGAAAUAGAUCUCCAGAUAUUGAGGAAGAUGAAAUCCUUCAUAUCCAGGGUAACUUUCAAAAUUUCACCAUUGCUGAAGAUUCGUUUCGAGAAAGCCUGAAGGAAUCAGGAGUCCAAUUCAACAGUCACCAAUAUAUCACCCCUCCUGUUAGUCCAAAGGAAGAAGACAAGUCGAACAAGUCGACACUUUUUCAAAAGAAUACAGUAUCAGAAUUAUCAAAGUAUAAUAUUCCUAUCCCGCGAGAUAUGCUUUUCUCUCAGCGGAAUAUCCAACAAGAUGGGCCCUUGGAUUUCAGCGGAGAAAGAAGGUCUUCCGAUAAAUCCAGAGAGAUAUUUCAUUCACGAAUUCCUUAUAAUUGUUUCAAGAAAGUCUUGGAGUAUCUGAAAGACAAUAUAUCGGCACUUUAUUCGUUGCUCUUGGUUAAUCGUUCUGUGUGUCAGCUUGUCAUACCUCAACUAUGGCGUCGACCCUUUCAUUAUACGGCCAACAAACCCCCCAAAUUUGGUGCCAUCUUGAUUCAGACCUAUACAUCCUUCCUAUCGGAAAAUGAGAUAAUACGUUUAUUAGACGCAGGAGUCCACUUGUGUAAUGUUCGCAAAUCAUUAUUUGCCUACUCAAAACAUCUUAGAGAUUUCGAUUCUUACAUGGUGGAAAGAGCUGUAAAAGAUUGGAUCACGAUCACGAAUCCACGCAACUCCGACUCAAUUCACAAAUUUCAAAUCACAAACUUGGUGAUGAGCAAUAUGAUCUUCCGUCAUUCCGGCGGCCUGGAGUGUUUGAAUGUUAGUCCUGAUUACAUCGAGGAAAAAGUUUUUAUCGACGUCUCUCUUUUUGUAGGUGCACGUGAUGCUUUAUCAAAACUCACAAAGUUUGAAUUGGAUUUUCAUGUUCGUUGUGCAUCAUCCAAUGAGAAGGUAUCGAAACUUGUCUCCAUGAUGUCUCACUACACUCACAAUUUGCAACAUAUGACAAUCAAGAUAGGGUAUUUGGAUGAACCACACCUCAUCAUGCAAUCAUUAUCGAAAUUAAUAAGAUCUCAAAAGAAAUUACGAUCAAUCACGAUUGAGAAUAAUUGGGAUCCCUCUGCAAUAUGUUUAAUAGACCCGUCGAUAUGCAGCCAAGCGAAUAGCUUGACCCACCUAACAUAUGACGGAAUAUUGAUACCCGAGCAAUUCAUGCGACUAUUACAGGCUUGUAAUAAUCUAGAAACUUUGGAAUUCAACGGGCAUUACAAUCCAUAUAAGCAUUCAUUUGCAGAUUAUGUGAUAACCCCAACGAGAUUUAGUUUCAGCACGUUAAAAUGCAAGGCCGAUCUAUCAAGCAUAAAUCCAUUCAAUAGGACGCGGUUAGAUACGCUAGGGGCAAUUCUUCAAAUGGUCAAUAAGAAUUUACGAAACUUAAUGUUGGGAGGGGCAACGGUGGAAUUGAUGGAUAUCAUCGGUUCUUAUUGUACAGAACUCACGACAUUAUACAUCAAAAACCCGAAUUUGAAGGCACCUAUUUUGGAAGGGAUGUUUCGUAAGUUUUACAAAUUGGAAAGCUUGGAUUUCGGAAAUACUCAGGAUGACACAACACAAGUUAACCAGGUAGACUUGGAGACCAUAAAGUUUGUGGCAAAGAGUAUACCAACAAGUGUAAAGUAUUUCGGAUUUCACUUUUCCAUGACGAUAAAAGGUCUAAGGUUAUUCCUCGAGAAUUGCGACGCGAAAUUGGAGAAGAUAGGAUUAUUCAGAAAUUGCAUGAUCAAUGAUGAGUCGAUGGAGGUUUUGAUAGAGUAUGCGAUGAAAGAAAAGUGUUUGAAGAAGGUUAGUUACUAUCCGGAGGUCUGGACGAGGAUCGGACAGCAAUUGGGGGAAUUCUCUGAGGAGACAUUGGAGAAGGCGUGGAGAUGGAUUCCAAACAUCGUGAGAGAAACUUGCAGUGAGACUCGCAUUCAUG